AUGAGAUCGUCGGUGAUCACAUUUCAUUUAUGGCAGUUUUCACACCGCGCAUCGUCGUACAGGGUUGCGGCACUAUCUCAGUCCGAUGAGAAUGAAGAAGAAUGUAUUGAUAAGAGCCCCUAUUGCAAUACUAAUGACUGCACCGUUCGACCUGGCUACGCCCUGGAGUACUGUAAGAAGACGUGUGGAGAUUGUGAGCCGUUCUGCCACAAUUCGCAUUUCGUUUCCUGUAAAGAGUCGAGAAAACCAGAAUGCGAUUCGAUGCUGAAGGAUUACUGUCCGUUGCUGUGCGGUGCUUGUCGUCCAGUCAGAAAGAAGUCGAGCAGGAGAAAAGGCUCGAAGGUGUUCUCUAAAAAACCAUUAAGUGUUGCAAGCCUUGGAUCAUCGCCGAAACUGCCUAAUUUUAAAGUGUUCCCAGUGAAUGCGUCGAUGAAACGUACAAGUACCGUAUCCGUGAUUUCUGCCACCACAAAACCUUCUGUUUCGUUGAAUUACACUUCUGCAGAAGUUCCUGCACAGAUUUUCAGCUCCCCACCCGAAGAAGAAUCUACGUAUCCAGAUCCUUUCCUGGAAAAUCCUGUGGAUCCGAGCAGCGCACCCAUAACUAUUGACGAUUACUUCGCUGAAAUAGAGAUGGGAUCAACAGCGGAAUCGACUCCAACUGAACUCAACGUAACCCAAGCGAACCUCAUGUUUCCACCUGAACCGAUGAGGAUUCCAUCCAAUCCAACACCAAAUCAUAGGCCACCAACACGUUUGCGACGACCGCCGAACGAAAUCGCUCCUACGGUGACAUAUGCAUGGCCACCGAUGCAAGCGUCGCUGAACCGCGGAUAUCAUCCAGCUCAUCCUCCUUCUCAACUUCUGCUUCCGUAUCCACGAAAUCCGCAACCGCAUCCGAUGCAUCCGUUAACGAGUCCGGCUAACCCAUACAAUAGUGGAUUCUACGCUUCACCAACGAAGAGUGCCUUUAUGGAAGGGAUCCUGGAGCCUCCAAUGGACUUUGGGAACUUAAUUAUGCUCUUAGGUUGCCAUGACCGAGAUCCAGUAGUUUGCUCAAAAAUUAACGAUGAGUCCUGUUUAUCCAGACCUGGUUACUACCUGAAACUGUGCCCGGUGAAAUGUAGGAACUGCACCGGACUACAGUGUCUCGACUCAAUUAAAAUCGACUGUUCCGAAGUGCAGCGUCUUGGUGGAUGUAAGCUGCCCACGGCUGCUGAAUAUUGUCCCCGUACUUGUCGGCUAUGUACUGUACCGUCCGCAAUUGCAGAUAGCCUUCCGCCUUGCAAGGAUGAGCUGGAAACUUGCGAGAACCUUGUGCAAAGUGGUGUUUGUGAGCAUCCGUACAGCAGAAGGACUAUGCGAAUCUAUUGCGCCAAGAGCUGCGGUUUCUGUCGAGAACCUCAGUAUUAUAUGAACGAAGCACCGUAUCAGAUCUUGGCUAACGAUAAGAAGCGAUUAAAUUUGAAGACAAGAAAUCCUAUUGGAUAUGAACGCUAUCGCUCGCCAUAA